GCGUGAGGCAGAGCCGGGGCUGCCCGGGCACCGGAGGGCACGGCCCGAGCGUUCCGGGCUGGCCGCGGUUUCCGGGAGGGGAAACCGGCGGCGCUUCCGGCACGGGAGGUCCCGGCUGGCGGAAGUGACGCCGGGGUUUGUUGACAGCGGAGGCCGCGGCGGGGGGAGUGGGCCCCAGCUGAACGCGGACACCCCCGUGCCCGCCCCGGGAGCGGCCCCGGGCCGAGCCGCGGCUCCCGCCGCCGUUCACCGGCCGCGCCGGGGCCUGGCGCCAGUUGUCCUGAUGCCCCUGUAAAUUCAUCCUGGAACUUCAUUUGAGGAAAGGAUCUCCUGACUCAAAAGCUUCCUUCUGCUCUUCCCCUUCCCAUAACUUCCCUCAAGAUGGCAUCCGAUAGCCCUGAGUCACUGAUGGCCCUGUGCACUGAUUACUGCCUUCGCAACCUGGAGGGGACUCUCUGCUACCUGCUGGACAAUGAAACUCUCCGGCUCCAUCCUGACAUAUUCUUGCCAAGCGAGAUUUGUGACAAGCUUGUCAAUGAGUACGUGGAGCUGGUGAAGACAGACAGCAUCUUUGAACCCCAUGAGAGUUUCUUCACCCUGUUCUCAGAUCCCCGGAGCACCAGGCUAGCUCGGAUCCACUUGCGGGAACAUAUUGUGCAGGACCAGGACCUGGAGGCCAUCAGGAAGCAGGAUCUUGUUGAGCUUUACCUGACUAACUGUGAGAAGCUGACAGCCAAGAGCCUACAAACGUUGGUGAGCUUCAGCCACACACUUAUCUCCCUUAGCCUCUUUGGCUGCUGCAAUAUCUUCUAUGAGGAGGAGAACCCUGGAGGCUGUGAAGAUGACUGUUUGGUGAACCCAACUCGCCAGGUCUUGGUGAAGGACUUUACUUUUGAAGGCUUCAGCCGCUUGCGCUUCCUGAACCUGGGCCGCUUGAUCGAGGGGGUAAAUGUGGAGACAUUGCUUCGGCCUUUGGCCUCCCUUGCAGCUCUUGAUCUCUCUGGGAUCCAGCUGAAUGAUGUGGGAUUUCUGACCCAGUGGAAGGACAGUCUGGUUUCCUUAGUGCUUUACAACAUGGACCUUUCAGAGGAGCACAUCCAGGUGAUCGCACAGCUUCGCAAGCUCAGGCACUUGGAUAUCUCCCGAGACCAUCUGUCCAGUUACUACAAAUUCAAGCUGACCCGGCGGGUUCUAAACCUGUUUGUGGAAAAUUUGGUAAACCUCACAUCGCUCGAUAUCUCAGGGCACACCAUGCUGGAGAACUGCACUAUCCCAAGCAUGGAGGAGAAGAUGGGCCAGACAAGUAUUGAGCCAGCAAAGAGCAGCAUCGCUCCCUUCCGGGGUCUGAAACGACCGCUCCAGUUCUUGGGUCUUUUUGAAACAUCUCUCUGCCGCCUGACGCAUAUUCCAGCCUACAAGGUGAGUGGAGACAAGAACGAAGAGCAAGUCCUGAAUGCAAUUGAGGCUUACACUGAACACCGGCCAGAAAUCACAUCCCGGGCCAUCAACCUCCUUUUUGACAUAGCCCGUAUCGAACGCUGCAGCCAACUGCUGCGAGCCCUUCAGCUGGUGAUCACAGCCCUCAAGUGCCACAAGGAUGACAAGAACAUCCAGGUGACAGGCAGUGCAGCACUGUUCUACUUGACCAACUCCGAGUAUCGCAUGGAGCAGAGCGUAAAGCUGCGGCGCCAGGUCAUCCAGGUGGUGCUGAAUGGCAUGGAGUCCUACCAGGAAGUCACAGUACAGCGGAACUGCUGCCUGACACUGUGCAACUUCAGCAUUCCUGAGGAACUGGAGUUCCAGUAUCGCCGGGUCAAUGAGCUGCUGCUGAACAUCCUCAACCAGAGCCGGCAGGAUGAGUCCAUCCAGCGCAUCGCUGUGCACCUCUGUAAUGCUCUGGUCUGCCAGGUGGACAAUGAUCAUAAAGAAGCUGUGGGCAAGAUGGGGUUUGUCAUGACAAUGCUGAAGUUGAUUCAGAAGAAGUUGGCUGAUAAAACGUGUGAUCAGGUGAUGGAGUUCUCCUGGAGUGCCCUCUGGAACAUCACUGAUGAGACUCCCGAUAACUGCGAGAUGUUCCUUAACUACAGUGGCAUGAAACUGUUCUUAGAGUGCUUGAAAGAGUUCCCAGAGAAGCAGGAGCUACACCGGAACAUGUUGGGCCUCCUGGGCAAUGUAGCAGAGGUGAAGGAGCUCCGCCCCCAGCUCAUGACCUCCCAGUUCAUCAGUGUGUUCAGUAACUUGCUGGAAAGCAAAGCAGAUGGGAUUGAGGUAUCCUAUAAUGCCUGUGGUGUGCUCUCCCAUAUCAUGUUUGAUGGUCCAGAGGCUUGGGGUAUAUGUGAGCCCCACCGAGAGGAAGUUGUAAAGAGGAUGUGGGCAGCAAUCCAAAGCUGGGAUAUCAACUCCAGGAGAAAUAUCAAUUACAGGUCUUUUGAACCAAUCCUUCGACUUCUUCCACAAGGGAUCUCCCCAGUCAGCCAGCACUGGGCUACCUGGGCACUGUAUAACCUGGUCUCUGUCUACCCUGACAAGUACUGCCCACUGCUGAUCAAAGAAGGUGGGAUCCCUCUUCUGAAGGACAUGAUUAAAAUGGCCUCAGCACGGCAAGAGACCAAGGAAAUGGCCCGGAAAGUUAUAGAGCACUGCAGUAACUUUAAGGAGGAGAACAUGGACACUUCCAGAUAGAGGCAAUCCUCUAACGCCUCAUGCCAGCACUGUAUCCAGCUUCUCUCUAAUUCACUGUAUAUAGGGAGGACUCUUUCUUACCAACACACCUGUUGGAAGGAAACUUUAUGUGUGUGUGUGAGACCCUCAGUAGAUGAAGGUGAACUGGGGAGGGGGGGGAGGGACUUUUUGCACAACAAAAUGCUUUCCUUAAAUUAGUCGACUUUUUUUUGUUAUGAAGUUUCAGGUUGAAGUUCUGUGUGUAUGAUUUCUGUACAAAAAGAAAACGACAAAAAAAAGCAAAGACAACUACACUAUGUAUCUUUUAACCUUUUUAUUUUAGACCACACAGAGCCUCAGAUGACCAUGAGCUUGAAGACCUACUUGUGUGAUCACUAGUGUGACGUUUUUAUUUCCCUCUUUUUAGAAAAUUCCCUUUUGCUGUAUUGCAUGAGGUCCUGUCAUGUCUGCAAGAACACCAGUCCCGAAUUGGCACUGGCUGCUCAGUGGGGCUGCAGGCAGCAAUGAGUUACUUAUUUGGUUAGAGAUGUUGGGGGACACAGUAUCAGAGAAUUAUAGUAAAAGAACAGACCUUUGUAGUGUUAAUUAUAAAGGGAGGAAAUGAAGAUCUUUCAAGUUAAUUCACUCCCUUAAGGGUUUUUACAGAAGACUCACAUUAAUGGAAGCAUUGCUAACUGUAUGUGGGUCAUUCGAAGUAAAACAUUCCCAUUAAAGUCAAGAGGCCUGGUUUGUCCCCUCUGGCAGUACAGUGGGAUCUGCCAGCCCAGCUAGCCUCAAGACCAGGAAUGACCAGUAAAACCAUUUAGAUAUUCUUGACUACACAGAGCUUUUCUCUCUAAGGGAGCCUGUGCAACAAGGAACAAGGUUUGUUCACAAAGGGCUACACAUCUUCAUUCAGGUCCUUCACCACCUUUUUACUUCUGUUCUGUUUUAUAGGGAAGGGCUACAAAUGCCAGAGACAGUAUUUCCGCUCUGCAUGAUAAGAUCUACUAGUCCAGAGUGGUAUGAACCACUUGUGCAAGUCCUAGUAAUGUACUGGAGCUCUGCUCUCCCUCAGUCUGCAUCAGUGCAAGUUAUCUCCCUUUAUAGGAAGCUUACUGCAGCACAGAGGGUGUAACUGGAGGUGCCAAACAACCCUCCAGAGACUGGAGAGUCUCCAGGCACCCUAAGGAGAAUAGUCCCAUGAAAUAGCACCUCUUGUUGCACCCCAACAUAUUUCUCCUAUUCUGGGAAGCAGAAGGCUCUAUCCUUACCUGACUAUCACUUACCAGCGCAGUCCCGCUCGCAUCAGCAGCAUUAUUCCAACUGAUACAGUGUAGGUGAGAGGAGAGUCCCGCUGAGGUUGUCUUCACCCAGCAGGCUCUGUAUCUCUAAAGGCUCAAGAAACCACAGGCUGAGGCUUGUCUUGCAGCUGGGCACUCAACAACACACUCAACAAAGGGCAAUCUCUGACUAGAGCCUUCCGCUUGCCACAGUUCUCUCAUGAAUCUUCUCUUAGGAAAGAUUCAGGAAAGAGCCCAUGUCUGGCAGCAGUAAGAGGAGGCCACAGCCACACAUGUUCAGACAUUUCAGGCCUCAGCACAGUAACCUUCGCUGCUCUCUUCCCUUGUAUACAUUGCUCUCAGAUUUGACUCGCUGCUAUGAGGUUCUUCUAAUGCUCAGAGUUAAUGUUGUCAUUGCUGAGCACGUUAUAGACAGAUCCUAGAUACACAAACUGACACUUUAAAUGACACAACACAGCUGCCCUGGACAGGUUUACUUUUUCUGCCAAUAUGGUGUUAUUCAAUGUCUUUUUAACCAUACGUCAUUUGUUUUGGUAUUGUGAGAUCUGUACUUUUUUCUUUUAAGUAUUUUUCAAACUUAUAUAUAUUUUUGUGUCACUUUGGAAUUGUUUUCAUAUGGUUUGCAAAACUUGACAAAUUAUACUUUGUUUUUUUGCAUUUGUUUGAAUGAAAUGUAUUUUCCUCUCUGUCAUUCCUGUUCCCCAAGGAUUUGUGUCCCUGUGAGCUUUGAGACAGGGAAGCUUAUUUCAAGGUCUGUUUUCUGUGUAACAUUUACUAAUCUUCCUUCUAGAUGCAAACCUAAGAGGGGAGUCAGGCUUUGCUCAUUCUCCAUUUAGUGCUGCUGACCUUCUGAAGUUGCUUCAUGUGACAGUGCCACCCACUAAGCCUUCCUCCUUUCUAAUGCCCAUAUAGUGAAAGCUCCUACCAUUAAAGUCUUGAAUCACUUGACAAAACCCGUGGAGAUUAAUGGAGUCAGGUCAGGCUGACAGAAAAGCUUAGUUUUCUGAAUUCUGCCACUGAGCCCAGGGGAAGGGGGAGGUGUAACUGCUCUGUAAUAGCCAGCGACACAUAAGAUUUUGAGUCAGGCCACCAGCAAAAUAAGUUCCUGAGAUAGCAUUUUAAAUGAAAUAGCAUCCCUGUUAUAGUCAGGUGAGCUUUGGCUACAAGCUUCCAUGUCUUCAAGCCAAAGGACUUUGUGAGAUGAAAAACAACAUUUCCCUUUCAGUAAGGAGGAAAGGAGAGAAAGGUAUCCUCUGAAUAGCUGAGCAUAAUCCAAGAAUUCCUAGAAUUGGAAGUUUAAAACUAGUUUGUACCUCAGUUUUUCUAACUGAAAGCACAGGAGCUGUUGCACCCUGGGCAUAUUGCAUGUACCAUGAUCCAAAAGCACUUUUUGGAGGCAAAGAGGUGUUAAUUACUCAGGGCAGAACAGGGUAAUUAUCUGCAGCCAUCACACCAAUAUUCUGUAAAGGAUGGGAGGGCAAAGUGGCUGAUUUUUUUAUGAAGGUCUAAUGUAAAAGAGAAAGUUGCAUACCCUGAAAUGUUUGACUGUUAGAGAAGCCUCUCAGGCCUUCUGGCUUUGCUGGAGCAAAGGAAUGAACCUGGAGACUUCAACUCCAUGCAGAAUUACAGAGCCAAGAACCAACCCUGCCUAGAAAACUAGAACAAAAUCUCUGUCAAAUGAGAAUUCAGCUGCAGAGAAGUUCACAGUGUGUAAACAUGUGGCAGAGGAGCUCCUCAUGCUCUGUAGCUGUUGUCCUGUUCUGCCUAUUCUUCAUGUUCUCACUACAUUUCCUUUAAUAUUCAGAAGCAUGGCAAACAGAGCACAAACACAACUCAGUAGCUCUCUGCAGAGACAAUGCCAUCAAAGGAACCCUCUACCUUGAUUGUAUGUAGUUUCUAUCCCGGUUGGAGGAUGCCUUCAUGGUUCAGUAGCCCAAGUCAAUGACUUGGCCAAGUCAAAGUCCUCAACAUGCAGAGUGUCAAGUGUCUGCUGUUUUCUCUGCAAUAGAUAAGAAAGCAAAUUAGUGGGCAGCCUUCCACAAGUGCUUCCAUUUUACAGGAUCUGUGGGAGGAACUGCUUAUAAGGAUUGGCAUCUACUUGUAGAAAGUUGAGCACUCAGCAGCACUUUCUUAUUUAGUCCAAGCCAAGAGAGUUUAGCCCUGAUUCUUGUGGCAAUUAGUAACAUUGCAGAUAAUUCAUCUGCCCCAUCUGUAUGAUGGCUGCUAUCACCUUGCACCUGCUAGAUGAAAUGAUCUGUUCAGCACAAUCCUAUCCAGCUUAUCCCUUUGGUUGGAGUUCUGCUGCAGGCACUUUAGUCUCUAUGAAAGAUAAGGGGAAAGAAAAGUCUUGGAGCUCUGAGCUUAGUCCCCUCUCAUCACUUGAACGCAAUAAUUACCCACAGGAGAAGAGCUGUAUGGGCACUGCAUUCAGGCAUUGCUCCAUAGAAAUGACUUUUUCUUGAGACUGUGUAGGGAGGAGCUGCAGCAGCUCAGGUGUUAGAGGGGAGCUUGUGCUAGAAAAAGAGAAUUAAAAGUAGGGAAAUAGCUGGUCUCCACAACAGCCAUCUGUAAGAAGCAUAGAGGGUAACAGUAGUCAGGAAUGGAUGAAAAGCAACAUGGGGGCUGAAUGAGAAGACAGCACUUAAAAGGAAUGAGGGAGAUCUGCUGACCUGAAACACUUCUUUAGCAGACUAUGUUUUGAUUUCAUCAAAUUGUCACUGGUUCUCUCUCUAAUUCUUUUCUUGUUUAAAAAGAAAAAAAAUUUUUAAGCUAACCAAAUGUGUAUUUCCUUGUUUUGCUUCAAGAAAGUAACCUCAGUUAUAAUGAGCAAGUGUCUGCUUUUACUCUAUCCAUUGACCUGCCUGAUGUUGAAAGGCCUGGUUCAAAUGUUUGUACAUGGUGAAACCAAGCAAAAAAAUAAUAAUGCACAACUGUUGCUUCCUUACAAUUCUGAAUGAAUUAACUUUUCUGUUGUAUCCAUUGGAUACCCGCUGUGUAUUAAACCUAGUGCUUAACAA